AUGUCUGUUCAUUAUCUAUCUAUCUAUCUAUCUAUCUAUCUAUCUAUCUAUCUAUCUAUCUAUGUUAAUUAUCUAUCUAUCUAUCUAUCUAUCCAUCUAUCUCGUUCAUUUUCUAUCAAGGUUAAUGACUGUUUUUCAUUUUUUCUUUCAACAAUUAUUCGACUUUUCUUUUUGUUAAUAUCUAUCUAUCUAUCUAUCUAUCUAUCUAUCUAUCUAUCUAUCUAUCUAUCUAUCCCAUUCUCUUCAUUUUCUAUCUAUCUAUCUAUCUAUCUAUCUAUCUAUCUAUCUAUCUAUCUAUCUAUCUAUCUCAUUCUCUUCAUUUUCUAUCUAUCUAUCUAUCUAUCUAUCUAUCUAUCUAUCUAUCUAUCCCAUUCUCUUCAUUUUCUAUAUAUCUAUCUCAGUGUAAUUAUAUCUAUCUAUCUAUCUAUCUAUCUAUCUAUCUAUCUAUCUAUCUAUCUAUCUUCACUUGAAUUUCAAAGAGUGUCUUUAAGGAAUUUCUUUCUAUCUUUCUUUCUUUCUUUCUUUACCGAUUUUUUUAUUUCAUUCUUUUCACUGCAAUCAUUUUUCUUUCGUCUUUUUCUCCAUUUUGCUUUUCAUUCGAGGCAACCUGAUAUUCUCUUUUCUUUCACUCAGAACAAAUGA